CUUCAGAUGCAUGGCACUCAGUCUUAUGCUCUGUAGAACACACACGAGCGUAACAUUCGUCGAAUCAGCAGUAGGUUUGUCGCACUGCCCACGGCGAACAGGAACCGUGAUACAUAACUAUGGCCCCUUUGCAGAGAGUCCUCCGAUCCAGCAAGACAAAGCCGGUUUUGGAGGUUCUUGCCCAGCCCAGCGUCAAGCGGGUCCGGCGAACACGACCGAAGCAACCUGCAGAGGGCAGCAACGCACCAGUGAAGUCGCUGCCACUCGAACUGAUAACGCACAUUCUUGAGAACGUCGACUCUCCGCGCACGCUCGCUGAUGCAAGUCGUGUAUGCCGCACCCUCCAACUCGAAGCCGAACGUCUCUUGUAUCGCAAAGUAUACGUGGGGCGGGUUAAACACGUUCGCAGUCUGCACCAGGCUCUCACGAGGUCCUCAAGACGGGCGUCCUUCGUCAACGAAUUCGAGGCUCAUGACAAUGGGCGCAUGACUCCCGUGACUGCGCAUGACUCCCGUGACUCCGCUGGUGAUGGAAAUACUCCUCAUGCUCACAGGGCUUGAACAUCUGAAGCUCAACCUUUGUGCCAAUUACGAUGAGCCCGCAGCUUAUGACUCCGUUGUGCUGCUUGCGCAGUGCACAUUCAAACUCAAGUCGUUCGAUGGCUGGGUCACCUCUCCUAGCGACUUUGUUCACUUCCUCCAACAGCAGACCUGUCUAGAGUCACUGCACAUACAGGAUCAUUCCUGGCUUCCUAACUGGAGCAUACCACACGAUGCCGUCCCACGCCUCAAAUAUGUCCAGACACACUCCUUUCUCUUCGCGGACGCCAUCUAUGCCCCCCACGCAAUCACACACCUUCAUCUUUCCUUCAACGAUAGGAAUAACCGAGAUCUCAACGAGAUUCUUCGAGUUGUGCGGCACCAGUUGAUCAGCUUCAAGUGCGAACGAACGUCUUCAUCGGUCCGAACUCCCGUUUGGUCCUUGAUAUCGGACACGAUCAAUUGCGGGCUCAUGCCAAAUUUGAGAUAUCUCGAGGUAGAAGACGUUAGUGAUGCCAG